UCUCAUCUCCGCUCCCCUCCUGCGCAGGGCAGAGUCAGGGUUUGAGGUGGCUGCUGCCAGAGCCCACAGCUCAGCCUCCUUGUCUUUAGCUGGAAAGGAUGAGUGGUGGUUUAUUACGAGUCGCUCCUAAUGCUGGUAUUUCCCUUUUCUGUAUCAUAAGGGGAAAACAGCCCAGGGGGGAAGGAUGUGAUUUGCCCAACAGCCCCCACAGGACAGCAGUGAGUAGUCCCAUCCCAGACCCUUAUUCACCAAAUAAAGCUGGCUUAGAUUUUAAUUUCUCAUUUGCAAAAAAGCAAUGCACAUUUUGAAACAAUUAAUAGCAGUGUUGGGGAUGGCCGAGAGCAGGAGGCGGCUCUUGCAGAAGCAUUUUAGGGAUGCUCCGGUCUCCUGCCGGUAGAUGGGGGCAGCAGUUGUCCAAGCUGACUUCAUGGAGUAUCAUUUCCCUUAGAAAUCCUUUAGAAAACGGUCCAGUGGCCUCUCUUCUCCCCCACAACCCACGCGGGAGAAGCAGCCAAAGGGGUGCUUGGCUCAGAGCCCUGCACCGGGGGAGGCUCUGUGCGGUGGUGGUGGCAGUGCUGGGGACACCGGGGCAAGGAGCCUGGCGAAGCAACUGAUUUUGUUCUCCAGCCCUUGGGAGCAGCUGGAUUUAUCCCUGCUGGGGCGGUGGGUGCCCACGGUGCUUCAGGGAGAGCAAAGUGCUGCCGAGGAGGUGGGGAGGGGAGGCCAGAGCUCGCAGGGAGCUCUGCUGAGGAGAAGUUAACCUGAGAUCGGGGUGGCUGAUGCUGCUUCCAACCUCCUGGCGGUCAGCUCUCAAAGGAGGCAGAGCUAAAAUAAGCCAGACGAGACCAAACGGGCUUUUCCCCAGCUUGUAGGUCAGUUUUUUAUGUACAUAACAAAAUGUUAAUUCAGGAGAGGUGGCUAAAUGGAAGGUGUUUGGGGAACCUCAGCUGAAAAGCGCUAAAGGGACUGUAGAUUGCAUGGAGGUUGCUGUUCGGGUCUGUGUUUGACCUCAUCUGCCCGAAAUCCAAGAUGUGUGCUGUUAGCCUUAACUGUUUUACAAAAUGCAAAAACCUUGGGCCCAGCAGAGCUUUUUGAGGGGCGGGUUAGCUCCCCGUGUCCACAGCAUCCCUUACAGCUACCCGUAACGGCAUGCACAGGGUUAACCAGCCGUUCCAGGGCUCUCCCUGUGCCACUGCAAAAUCUCCUGAAGGCUUAGACCCAAAUUAUUUUCUCACUGCUGGCAGCUUUUUAAAACAUAAUGACAAAAAUUACAACUACUCUUUCAUGUUUAAUCUUUUUUUCUGUUUCUCGUGGUUUAGACAUGAAAAUCUUGGUGGCUAAUGCCACUCCCAGGCUGGCUGUAGCAUUAUUUGGCUUCAACUGAUGUCUGUAAAUAAACGUCAGCUUUUAAUGGAAGCUUCUACAAAGAAAUAAUUAGUGUUUGGUUUAAAGUUUUCACAAAAAGUCACUUUUACAAGAUUUCACCCCAGGGUUUGAUUUUGAGUGCCCGCUUCCUUUUGCAGUAUGCCACCUUCGAGUUGCAGUUGUGGUUUGUUAUUUUAGCAGAGUCAUGAAUCGCAUUUGUGCCCAAAAUAGUUUGAUGCUGGGCUUCAAACCAGACAAAUCCCACACAGAUCACCUUCAGCUGAAAAACUUCCUGUUAUGCUGAUGUCAAAAAAAAAAAAUCACUGAAAUCCUCCUAGCCCCAGCUGGAGGAUUUUAACUGGUGCCCAGUUAAAAUUGUCUGUGUCCCAGUGUGUUAUUCUUCCCACUAACCAUCCGGCUGAGUUUCCAGCCGGGUUUGGCUGCGAGGUUGGGGUGGUUUUUUUUUGAGGUUUCCCAUCGCUCUGCUCUGAUGGUUGUGGACCACAAGAGGUCGGCAAAAUUCAAGAGACGUAACUCGGGCUCAGCCUUCGCUCUGGGGCAGCAGACUGGCACAUCCUCACCGGCGCUGCCUGGGCACCCGCUUUCAUUCCAGGAUAAUUACUCCAUUAAAAGAAACACCCCAAACUAAUUAUACUGGAAGAAAAUCAGGGCAGUUUUGGAACAGGGCAUGUGUUGCCCGGGUUUAUUGCCGAGCCGUUGUGCUGGCUGCUUUCACAUGUGGCAAAGCCCGGGCGUUGGGGGGAAUUAAGAAGGAUCAGAAGCAUUAACCGGGCUCUGCCCGCUCACCCCGCUCUCCGGAGACUCCUUUAAUUCCUCCGUUCAUGGUACGAAAGGUCCCAAGCUUGGGAGUUCGCUGCAGGACGUAGAGCCCCAGCCGUGCCGUUUGGUUGCCGUGCCCAAAGGCGGCAGCCGGGGAAAGCUCAAGCCAUUAACCAAACUCCCCCUUCUUUGUGGUUUGCAGCCAGGAGAGCAGCCCGGCGAGCCCUAAGCGCUGCCUUCAGCAACGCGCUGCCUGCAAAGUGAUGGUCUUAAAAUGAAAAGGUGCUGUGAGGGCGUUGGGCUGCCAUGCCUGUUUAAGGUCAGUGCCGUUCUCACCCGUCUUGGCCUCUCUGAACAGGGUUGUCCCCUCUCUUCUCAGGGGCAGGGAGCAGGAAUCGGGUCCCCAUCCCGCAAACCUCUGGCCACAGGCAGCACGGGAGGGUGUUGGUAUGGCCAGCCCCCGGCCUCCCAAAUACCUCCUCGUCUUCGAUUUCGACGAGACCAUCAUCAAUGAGAACAGCGAUGACUCCAUCGUCCGAGCAGCACCGGGGCAGGCGCUUCCAGAGCACAUCCGACAGACCUUCCGCGAGGGCUUCUACAACGAGUACAUGCAGCGCGUCCUGGCCUACAUGGGGGACCAGGGGGUCAAGAUGGGGGACUUCAAGACUGUCUACGAGAACAUCCCCCUGUCCCCCGGCAUGCCAGACCUCUUCCAGUUCCUCUCCAAGAACCACGAGCUCUUCGAGAUCAUCCUCAUCUCUGAUGCCAACAUGUUCGGCAUCGAAUGCAGUCUGAGGGCAGCCGGUUUCUACUCCCUCUUCCGCAAGAUCUUCAGCAACCCAUCUGGCUUUGACAAGAGGGGGUACUUCACCUUGGGGCCCUACCACAGCCACAAGUGCCUUGACUGCCCGGCCAACAUGUGCAAACGCAAAAUCCUAACAGAAUACCUGGCGGAGAGAGCCCAGGAGGAGGUGGAGUUCGAGAGGGUCUUCUACGUUGGAGAUGGUGCCAAUGACUUCUGCCCUUCCGUGACUUUGACUUCAGCUGACGUGGCUUUCCCGCGGAAGGGCUACCCCAUGCACCGCAUGACCCAAGAGAUGGAGAAGAAGCAGCCCGGAGUCUUCCAGGCCACUGUCGUCCCCUGGGAGUCAGCUGCAGAAGUUGCCCGCUACCUCCAGGAGGUCCUCAAGAAGAAAUGUUGAGGAUGGCUUGGAAGAGACUUGCUUACUAGAAGCAGCUGGGAAAGGAGAAGCUUGGGGGGGUCACGUCCUGUACCCCACACUUAUCAGCACUGCUCGCUCAGCCCCCACUCGUGGGUUGCUUUCCUGCCUUUCCUCUCCGAGCUCCUUUCUCCCUGGUGAUUAAAGCACUUUUUCUAGGUCCCCCCCCCCCCCCCCUUCUCCUUCCCUUGCCAUGUUGAGAUGAAUCCUUCUCUAUGCAGCUCGGACAUCUAUUCCAGCAUCAGUGUUUACCAACACUAAUGGUGAUUUUUUUGUUGUUGUUUGGUGUUUUCUUUUUCUUUCCCUUUUGACUUCACAAGAGCAAUGCCCAAAAGACCAGAAGCUGGCUCCCUGCGGGCUGGGCCCUGCACAUGCUUCCUCCUGCCUUCAUCCCCCUCACCCGCCCGACCUGAGCCGGCUACGCCAGGAGCUGAGUGCUGUUGCCUUGAACCUGAUGCUUGAGGGCUCCUUGCCUCUUUGCGAGCCCACUGGAAAUUUAAUCUGGGAAAUUUGUGCUGCCCGGGCUCCCUGGCUUGUCGUCUGCACCCUGCCUGGGCAGGGCAGCCCCUGGCUCAGUUGCUGAGCCUUCUGAUGGAGUUAAUUAUCCCUUGAGACUUUAUUCCCUAAAAAACCAUGAAUGAAGAACAGGAAACCUUUUUGGAAAGGUGGUACCUUGGAAAAAAACCUCCUCUAGCCCAUCCCCACCCACUUGCCCAGGGCACGGCGACCGCAUCCCACUGCGAGGAGGAGGAGGAGGACCUGCCCUUGCCUUCCACUUCCAUCCUCUGCUUCCGCUUCCAGGGCACAGUGGCCCCCACCUCCUCGGGGCUGACAGGUUCCUCCUCGCCCCGAGCCAUUACCAGUCAUCUCCUUGUGUUUACUAAAUCUUGUCAACUCCCCUCUUGCCCCCCGGCGGGGGGGAAUUUCCCUCCUGACCUCUCAAGAGGUGCCAAACCUCCCCCGGGGAGGGGUGGUGCUGUAGCAUUUCUCCUGGCAUAUGUCCCCGGAGGCCAAACACCCCUUGUACCCCCGUUGCCCCGCUGCAGUAUUAAUUGCCCCUUCUAAUUGCACUCUGCAGGGGGGACCUACAGUAUUCGCUGCUCUCUGGUGUUGGCUUCUCCUGGAUUUAUCCACAGCCUUACCGGCCCCUGAGGGUGGCUCAUAAUUCCUCCAAAGCGUAGAAACCCUGACAGCAAACCUGAGCAGUAAGGAAAUAACCAAAGCAGCCCUGAAUUGUUCCCCCUCUAUUUCAUUUUCCUCUUCUUUGUUCUUCCUCCUCCGGACCCUGUUCAACUGUGUGGAACUUAAAGCCAUGGAAUUAAAAAAAUACAUAUAUAUGUAUAUAGAUAUAUAUCUAUAUAUUGCAGAUACAAAAAGUUGUUUGUAUCCAGGACAUAAACCUGGGUGUGAAACGGC